UCAGAGAGCGACAGAGGCGGUCUAGGAUCCUGUCGAGCGCCUCAGUGCUGAAAGAUGCGGAGAAAUAGUGUUUACCGGAGAUAAGGCUGUAGUUUCAUAGAAGGAGAUCAUUUUCUAAUCGCAGCUUUGAAAAAUAUAGAAAUAUAUAUUUUUCUUUGGCAACAUCAUCGGUUGAAAAUGCAAGGCUUUGGGCGCCGGAUUAACGUAACCUGGAUCUUGCUUUUGGGCAUUUUUCACUCGUGCUUUUCAAAUUAUUCUGAAGAUCAGUGCAGCUGGAGAGGAAGUGGUUUGUCCCAGCAGCAGGGCAGCGUGGAGCAGAUCUCCCUCCACUGCUCUGAGGGGACCCUGGACUGGCUGUACCCCAAAGGAGCCCUGCGCCUAACCCUGACACCCCGCCUGGCCCCCAUGGGGGCCGUGGGGCCCAGUGGUGGUGGCAGCUCGGGUGUCAUCACGGCCUGCGUCAAGCCCUCGGAGCAGUUCCAUGGGGCCCAGCUCUACCUGGAGAGGGAUGGGCUACUUGAGCUCCUGGUAGGGGACAGGAUAGAAUCGUCCCCACCCCCAAGGGUGCGCUGCUUCAGCCGUACACCCGGGGAGAGGCUGGCCCUGUUCCUGCAGGCAACGCCCCAUCAGGACAUCAGCAGGCGGAUUGCCACCUUUCGUUAUGAACUGAGGGGGGACUGGACGGCCCGCAUGUCCCUGGAUUCCAACUUGAUCAGUAGUGAAGAUGCCUGCCGGCCCUGCAACGACACAGAGAUCCUGAUGGCUGUUUGCACCAGCGACUUUGUUGUGCGCGGAAACAUCCGGUCAGUGGAGGAGGACGAAACUUUACGCGCAGCAGUGAUCAAGGUCAGCGCCACCCGUGUCUUUCGUCAGAAGUACACCCUGUUCACCGGCAACAGUCGACUGGCCAGCCGGGGCGAGAUACGGACCUUGCUUCAGUGCGGUGUCAAGCCGGGACCCGGCAGCUUCCUCUUCACCGGCAGGGUCCACUUUGGGGAGGCCUGGCUGGGCUGUGCACCCCGCUACAAGGACUUCCAGAGGACUUACGCUCUGGCCAAAGCAGCUCAACAGAUCCCCUGUGAACUGCCCUUAGACUGAGAAUCUCGGGUGCGGCUCGCCUACCCUGCAGAAUCAAAGUGUGGCGCUGAAAGCCAGGCUAGACUCAGCCCUGAUCAGGAAGAGGCUGCAACGUGCAAAUAAACACCGUUGUAGCCACAGAGCCACCGAUGGGUGUGGUCAUUCCAAAGGACUGAGGAGCGAAAUGAACCCUCUACCAUCAGGCAUUUCAGUGCAAUAAGCAGUCAUGGUCCAAAAGACAGAGUGGAGUCAUGACUUCCUUGACAUGGAGGAAAGCAUUUGACAGAGAGCUUACACUCAGUAAAGCCAUUCAUUCAUGUCGUCUGAGGCUCAUCGGUUUAAAACUCAGGAAAACAAUGAAAAUGUCCGUCAUAGAGAUACACCUUAAACAGGUGAGGCUGUGAGGAGCUCAGAACAGUUUUUUUAGUGUUUUUGUUUGGAUAAUGGAAGAUCGUGUGGGACAGCGAUGUUCAGAUGAUUGUCCUCUGCUUGUGUUGUCCUAUUAUUGAGAAGAUUAUAUAAAAACCUCAUGAAGGGAAUCAUUGAACACUUUUUGCACUCAUAAAGCAAGAAAGGGAAUACCUGGAAAGCGAAAUACUGCAAGCACUGAAAACCAAAUGAGAAAAGCAACUAUAUGUAGCAUAGGGGAGCAACUGAGAAUUUAAUAUAUGUGCAGAUAAUUUGAGAGCAAACAUUGGGAACACAGAGCUAAGGGUAGUUUAUGUUGCCAGGUUUUGCUAGCAUGGAUUUGGAAAGAAGUAAAUUAACGGGGGGAGAUUAAAAGUGUUUACCUUCUACAGCAUGCAAUCUGCCCACAAAAUUAUAAAACAAAAUAAGCUGGAGAUUGGCCAAAGCAGCCAUGAAUCAAGUAUUAAUCCUCUGGACACUACUAGGUGAAGUUAAAAUAAAAAUAUAUAUUCAUUGUAACUAGAGAUGCACCGAGAAACUGGCUGUUGGCUGGAAUCAGCUGAUUUUCUGCUUUAUCUCCUCUCGCUGGUUGGCAGCUGAAAAAUCUGAGCUUUUUCAAGUCAGUGAACAUAACUAAGCACUGCCAGGUUGCACUUCAGUGUAGAAGUUAGUACUGAGUGAAGAGGACUUAGCUAUUAGUAGCUCUGAUAUGUAAGAAGCUGUUUAAAAGGAAAAUGUAUUUUCUGUAACAUAAUCAGACUUAAUCCUCAUUUUAAAAUAUGAAUAAAACCCGCUUUACAGUGACUGCUCUCUCUCACACAGUGUGACGUCCCCUCUUCUCUUACUAUGAAUAAUUAAUGACCACUCACAGCAGGAUGGCUAAAAUAAAUGAUUUUGAAUCAACCAAAAUCGGAGGUCGGAGCCACCGUAAAUUCUGAUUGGUGCAUCUCUAGUUUAAAUAAUUUACAAAGUGAUCCAGGUUUUAUGUGCACUAGGUCAUCGAGGAGAAAGGUUCACAACAAAUUACCAUGCUGAAGUUGUAUGCUUAAAAUGCUUAAACUGCCAUUUUUCACUGAUGUGAAUUUAUGUAAAUAUUAAACUGAAUGUAAAUAUGUUGAUAAGAAAUUUUAUAAAGAAAGAAACAAAAAAAUAUUGUCCCAGUAUUGUGGAUUUGUGUUUUGUGUUAUUAAAAUAUUCUCUAAGAAAAACAAAAA